AUGCAACAACCAAUAUUAGCAUACUGGAAUAACCGUGGCUUUGCUGAGCCUCUGAGAAUGCUUUUGACUCACUUUGGAGUUGCUUUUGAGGAUAAGCAAUAUGUUCCAGGUCCUGCCCCUGAUUUUGACAGAUCAGAUUGGCUUAGCGUUAAAGAAACUUUAGGAAUGGAUUUUCCAAAUUUGCCUUAUUUCAUUGAUGAAAAUAUUAAAUUAAGCGAAACUUCAGCAAUUUUCGAGUACAUCUGUGCUAAAUACAACCCGUCCUAUCUUGGCAAUACUCUUGCUGAAAAAGCUUAUGUCUCAAUGAUUGCUGGCGUUCUUAAAGAUAUUAUGGGCAAAGUUGGUAUGGCAGCCUAUAAUCCAAAUGCAGUUACCCUUGUUCCCCAAGCUCUUGAGAGCCAAAAGCCAGUGAUGCAAAGAUUUGUUAAAUACUUGGUUGGAAAAAGAUUAUUAGUCGGUGAUCAUCCUACUUAUGUUGAUUUUUAUUUUUAUGAGGUACUUGAUAAGCUUGAUGCUAUUGAUCCAAGCUAUGCAGCUGAAAUUUCGCCAGUUUUUUUCUACUUAUAA